CAGUGCAGUGUCACCAAAUCUAACGUCAACUUUAAUUUAUUUCCAAUUCCAAUUCCAAUAGUCCAUCCAUGUUGUACAUUGAGUUAUUUGAGUUUGAGUUGUACUGUUGUACACAAACACACAGUGAAAGAUAUUCUCGAUUUAGGCCUCCAGUCCCAGUGCACAACUUUUUGUUUUAUUUUUGAAGACUUAGGUAUCGUAUAUUGGAGAGAUUAUAUUAUCACUAUCGAUAAUUUUAUUCUUGUUAUUAGGCCUAUAGAGUAUGGUCAUCAUCACUACUUUUUCGAAGUAAAUUGGUUAGUGAUAAGGAAAUGGAUAACGUUUUUACUGGUUAGGCUAUAUUGGUCCUAUUUACUAAUAAAAUUACGUUACUAUACCACAAGCUAAGCGGGGUUUCAUCAUUAUCUAAAAUGAUAACUGAUAAAGAAUAAAAAAGUAGGAAGCCUAGGCUUAGGCCUAAGUUUAGUUAUAACUUAUCAUUAGGCCUUGUCUUGCUUGGCUAAGAGAACUUUGGCAUGGCAAUUUUACAUUUUUUGAUUUUGAUUGGUUUUACUGUGAGUAAACCUCAUUACUAAUCUUGUAUUGCAAUUUAGUUAAUUAUUAAUGAACAUGAGUAAGCCAAAGAGUGAAAAUAAUAAUAAGGCUCUCAUAUUUCCCACAUUGGAUUCCAUGUUACCGAAGACAGACAAAGAACUAACUAAUACAAUGGCUUCUUACUACGCUCUCCAAGUUGCUUUGCAAACAAUGAAAGAAAGAUGCCAACAAUUACAACUAAGAUUGUCAGCUGUUGAGGAUGAAAACCUCAGACUACGGAUUGAAAAACAAAGAGUGUCAUCAAGUGUGGUUAAAGAGGACUCCAAAGGGGAAAUAAGUGUUUUGCAGGAGCAUAUUGCUCAGCUAACGAGACAGAAAUCACAAUUAACUCAUCACAUAUAUAUGGUGGCUACUGAAAAUAAACAGUUAUGGACAAGGUUAUCCCGGUUAACUGAAGCAAACCACUCGCUUGGAAGUCAGUUGUCAAAAAUAUCUGAUACAUUGAGCAAACAUCCAUUAGGAGAACCAUCAAAGCCAAACCAAUCAAUUCAGAUAAUAAAUACCUGUGAGAAAGAUCCUGGGGAUGUUAACGAUCAAAAAGACAAAGAUGAAAGCCUUGAAGAAAUUUCCUUGAAGAUUAUAAGCAGUAUAAUUAGAGAGAAGAUGGAGCUUGAACAGCAGUGUGAUCAAAUGUCAGCUUUACAAACAGGAACGUUGAGUGUGGAAGAUUGUGACUUUGGUGGAACUCUGGGGGAGUCGCACGACCAGGAGUUGCAAGACUUGAGACGGGUUGUGGAGAACCUACGAGACACUCGAGAACAGCUAACUCGACACCAGGCUGGUCUUCGAGCGACCCUACUAACUCUCACCUCCGUCAUAAAGAAUGGAACAUCUUGUAAGAAGUGCAAGACAUGUGAAAAGUCUGGUGUACAGACUAUAGUGAAUAGAGAUUGUAGUCAAGUUGUUCAGACCAAAGUCACAACAGUCACAGAACCACUGGCUGAUCCUGAAGACAACAGGACUAUUCAGGGUCAAGAGGUGGAGUUCGUAGAGGAUCGCAUCUGUCCGUUAUGCGGUCAGUUCUUCCCUCGCACAGUUCCUUUCGAAGAGUUUCACUCCCACGUUUUGACUCAUUUUUCUCACGAAGACGCUGAUUAUGAUUCCAUAGUUAAUAACUAUGAAAUGGUCAACUAAUAAAUUUCCUUGUAGAUGAAAUAUAGUAUAUUAGAAAAAAUUGUUGGUGCUAAUUUCGUAAUGAGUAUAAUUAUAGUGGAAUUUUUUAGUGUUAUUAGAGUUAUUUAUUUUUACUAUGUUAAAUAAUAUGCUAAUUAAUUAAUCAGUAAGACGCUAACUCUUUUUUUAGAGGUUAAGUGUAAAAUUUAAAAGAUAGGAAUGAGCAAGAUUGGAUUUUGGUCCAAGGACUGCAUAUUCUUCCCUAAAUUUAGAGUUUUUCAAAAAGUUGUAUUUGGUAUACAUAUUUUGAGUUAAAAGUUGUAAUAUUUUCCUUCUGGGAGGAAAACAAAAACUAACCUUAACAUUUUUUUUUAAUUUUAAAAAUACCAAACAUAUUUUUUGGUAUGUAAAAAUAAAUGAACGAAAAAUACCUUAGCAUCAGUGAUAUUUCAGAAGUAUAUAUGAUGAUCUAAAACAAAAUGAGUGGUAGCUAGCCCUAGUAGCAUAAUUUAAGUAAUACAGAACCAUUUGUUUCUGUCAUCAUCAUUUUGGUUGGUACAAUGUGUUAUCACAAUUACAUGAUGACUAUGAUUUUUGAUAGAUUGUAAAUUGUCAACUAUCGCAUAAACUUUGCAGACGUCUUUCACAAUUGGGAUAACAUUAAAGUAGUUUUGUAAAAAUAUAGUAAAAUUACUAAAGUUGUAUUCCAAAAUAAAAAUUAAACUGAAAUGUCUGGUAUAUUUUAAGUCUUUAACAUCUCUAAAAAUAUUCUUUAGCGUAUAAUUGUAGAAAUAUUAAAAUGCCUUGUCACUUAAGACCAGUGAUCUCUUUAUUGUAGAACUAUCAAUGAAACCUGUUGAUUUAUCUUUAUUCUAAAUUUAAUAUACUAAAUCUUGACGGAGAUUUUCUCAAUUUCUUAAUUACAUGUUUAAAAUGUACAGGAAGAAUAGAGUAUUUUGUACACAAAUUGUAGAACCAUGUGUAUUUUAAGGAAGUUUUAUGGAUUCAAAUUGCAAUUACCUAUUUUAAGUUUUAACUAUAAUGAUCAAUCAGUUUAAGCAUGUUAACCAGGAUGCAUUGUGAUAUGUUACCAAGAAUCAUUUAGUUUUAGUAAUAAUCAUGUUAAACCAUUAUUAAUGAAUUGUAGAUUAUUUGUUGAUUUAAUUAUUGAAUCCAAUGAUGGUAGUAAUAUCUGUUAUUAAUUGUACUUAUUGAAUGUGCGUCAACCUUGUUAAAUUGCAUAAAAAAUGACUUGAAAGGCAUAGAGAUUUUAAGAGAAUGGUUCUAACCAAUUGAAUAUCACAUUAAAGCAGUGCUUUAGUUUAAGGGAUAUAUAUUUUAUACCUGUUAUUUUCUGAAGAUGUUUUAAUUUUAAUUCUCCCAGUUAGACCAAAUCUGUUGAUUUGUUAUUCAACAGACUUAAAUUUACUGUUAUCAUUGGGUCAACAAUUAAUGAUGCUGUGUUAUAAAACUUCAACCUUAUAACUAUAUUAGGGUUUGGACCUGUCCUAAAAAAACUCUAAAUUAUACUGAUGUAACAUUGACAUAUCAUUACAUCAAAAUGUAAAAUUUACUGACUGAAGAUUUUGAUUUAAAUAAAGAUCAAAAAAUUGCAAUUAAGAUUUUAUAUUUUGAUUUUUGUUUAAUUUGUUCAUAAAUCAUGGCUUAUAAAAAAUAUAUUAUAUUGUAUAUAAUGAUAUAUAUUUAAACUGUUUUCUAUUAUUAUAAUAAUUUAUUUGAUUAUUACCUGUGGGUUAAA